AGGGGAACAUUUCCCUGGUGUGACCGCAGCCUCAGUCUGCGGUCUCUGUUCUGUUUAAUGUACCCAUGAUCUCAUUAUCUUCCUGCCCCUCACCCCCCUCCCAUACACAAGUAAACACUAAAUAAUAUGUUCACUGAGCUUGACGUUACUGAAUAGGCCCUGGAAUGCUGGUGGUAGUAGGUGUAUUUGCUUACAUUAAGAAUUAGGAACGUUUGCUGAUUUGGUCGAGGAGGUGGGCCCUCCCAUCGGUUAGGGUGUUAAUCUGUUUCUCACACAAGAUGUGCAAAGAAAUUCUGUUGUUCAUCCCCUUUGCUUUGUGAUAAAUGUUUGUUCUUUCUCUGUAAAGCUAGGUGUGGGAGAAAGGGGUGUGUUUUCAUAUAUAUGACCCUCCACUUCUUUCUCUGUUUCACAAUACACAUACACACAAAUGCAAGAACACUUUUUAAUUUAACUAAAAAGGACCACUCAAAAUGAAGACUCUCUGUGCUUUUAUUCUUCUGGCAGUGGGUUCAGUGCUGACUUCUCCAGUUGAAAACUCAAAAGCCUCAUUGAUGUACCCUUAUGGAACAGAGUGGGGUGACUCAAAGAAUCCCAAGUCAGACGACGGCACAUCUCCAGCGAUCUCUAUCCCGGUGCCCUUCACCUUCUAUGGCAAGGAAUAUGACUCUCUCUAUGUAAACAAUAACGGUGUGGUUUCCUUUGGUGUGAAUGUCUCACAAUACACCCCUGACCCUUUCCCCUUGGAUGGUGGGUCACCCUUUGUGGCCCCAUAUUGGGGUGAUGUGGAUAAUAGAAGAGGUGGAGAUAUUCUCUGGAGGCAGAGCCAAGACGCAGUGCUGCUCAGCCGCUGUACUGAGGACAUCAAUCGGUACUUCCCUGAGGUCCCUUUUGUGGCUACCUGGGCCCUUGUUGCUACGUGGGACCGUGUGGCCUACUUUGGUUCUGCUUCGAAGAAGGUUAACACCUUCCAGGCAGUCUUGGCUACCGAUGGGAAGAUAUCCUUCAUCAUGCUGAAUUAUGAUGAUAUUCAAUGGACCACAGGGAUAGCAAGUGGAGGGAAUGCUAAGACAGGACUUGGAGGAACCCCAGCGCAGGCUGGAUUUGACAGUGGAGACAAAAUAAAUUAUUACAAUAUUCCAGGUUCUCGCACUCCUGAGGUCAUCAAUAUUGGAAAAACUACCAAUGUGAAGGAACCAGGGCGCUGGGUAUUCCAGGUGGAUGAAUUUGUGAUUGGCGUCACCACAGAGAAAAGCGAUUGCUUGAUGUGAGACCUCUUUUGGAUACAAGGACCUCCGUAUCCACCUACAUCGUGACAAACUGGUUGCAAAUUCUGGCAAAGAGCUCUGUGCUGCCCCUUAAAGGCAAGGUGGCUUCUCCCACCUCUAUCUAUUCAAUAAAUCAAUAAACAAUUGCACUCAUAUU